UCAUAUUUCUGUUGGUGUCUGCACGUGUUUUCGGAAGCGAUUGAUAAAAAUAGUUUCUCAAUCAUGACAGAAGUGUUAGAAAAUGAAUCGGGUUAAAUAUGGGAAGAUAUCUUAUGUUUAUUCAGUAUCUUGGAACGCAGUAUAGCGGGAUACAAGUCCAGCGCGUCAGUCGAGUUGUUAAACAGGAUGUAAAGACAAUUCAAGGAACGAUAGAGAGACAUUUGAAGAAACUAUUGCCAACAUGGGAGUCCAACCUGUGCCUCUCAAGCCGGACUGACAAGAAGGUCCAUGCCUUUUGUAAUGCUGUGCAUUUUGAUUUCAAUCACGAGAGCCGCCUCAAAGAGCAGAGUGACCUUGACCGCCUCAAGUUCAUCCUCAAUGUUCAGUUCCACAAAGCAAAAGAAGACAUCAAGAUAUUAAGAAUUCAGCAAGUUAAUGACAACUUUGUGUCUCGAUACGCUGCUGGUCGCAAUUACUUGUAUCGACUCGCUGUCAUUCCUGAAGACUGUGGAUUCCAGCAGGCCUUGUCGGUGGUUGAGAGAAACAGAAUCAGCGUUGUUCGGUCUCCGUUUGAUGUGGGUCUGUUUCUGAAGUCCGCAGAACUCCUUGCCGGAACUCACAACUUCUCCGCCUUCACAACUCUGAAAGGGACACAGUUUAAGAACCCUGUGAAGAAUGUAGUUAUAGGGGUGAGAGGAGGUCAGGCCGACCGAGGUGUAUGUCAGCAUCUCGGAGGGGAAAAAUGUCACUUCUGGGAUGUCCACGUUCAAGCUAAGUCCUUCCUCUACCAUCAGGUUCGACACAUGGUCUCUUCAAUGGUGGCGGUGGCCAGGGGGAAACUUCACCUGGAUGAUCUGCGCCAUGUUUUAGAAUACCCAUUGGACAGAGAUCAUAUGUCUUACUCCGCCAUGCCAAGAAUCUCCCCCAAUGGACUUUACCUGGAUAGGGUGAAAUAUAAACCGGCAGAUCUGGAAUAUGCCCCAAAUGAAGAUGACAAGACUGUAGAAGGAAUGUCUGAUGCAAACAGAAGCCCCAUGUCUGCUUCAGAGAGGGUACAGGAAACUAUCCCGACCGAUGGUGAUGAAGACUCUGUGACAGCAGCAUCUGGUCAUCAUGAUGGAGCAGACAACCAACACCAAUCCCACCCAACAAGGGGAAACAACUCCAGGGAUCAUAGCAAUGUUGAUAUACUUGAAAAAUCUGUGGGAAAGGUUACAUGACAUUCAGUUUUUUCAUUUAGGUUUUCUUUAGACAUGGUCAGGCCCGUAAGGCAGGUCCUACUUUGUCCCACCGAAAAUUUUUGUAUCCACAAAGUAGAAUGUUUCUCCACCCCUCCACCAUUAGGCCAACAUCUACACACAUGCAGAGUAUUUGCUGCGAAAGUGAAUUUAGAAUUAUUAAAUAUAAAUUUAUAUGCAUGUGUUUCGAUAACAUACUUGUUAGUUUUGAUUUUUGACUGGUGACUUAUGGUAUGGAUGAAAGAUGGCAAGACCGUUCGCUGCACCCCUACUGAGCUACAAAAAUAUACGGUUUGGCCCAGCCAUCUCCCCUGGUCUGAGAAAUGCUUCUAGGGGCCUGAUGGUUGAAUGCCAUCACACCACAAUGCUAGGAGUUAUAAAGCACUUGAUUGCCUGCUCCUAGUACAUUGUGUUUGACAUUCCGUGUACUACAGUGUAAAUGGCAGUUACAACUUUAAUGGCAUGGUUAAAAACCGUUUCACAAACGAUCGUAGCUACGAUGUCGUAAGUCCUAUACUGCAGCAUGUACUUAGGGCAGUCCUAAGCUCUGAUUGCUUUGUUGAACUGGACCCCGGUCCCUGAAGGGGCCACUUCAAAAUCCUUUAGCAAAUAUGUUUGUUGUAUGAGCCAGGGAUGAAUAUACUUUCACAAGAGUAAACUUAACAAACACAUGGAAAAGGAACACAGAGACAUGCCCAACGGGUGAAAUAAUCUUGGGAAUUCAGAAACUGAAAAGUGUUUUAUCAAUUUCAAAAUGAAGGGGCAAUGUAGCUCGUGGGGAAAUGACAUUCGUUGGGUUCAAAGAUGGAUCAAGAGUAUUGUUAUUGGAACACUCCAAGGGCAUAUCUACAUCUCUGUGAUACAUCGGAAAGAAAAUACAUAGGGCUUAAGAAAAUAAAAGAAUGGGUUCUUAGGCAGUGACUUUUGAAAAAAAAGUGCGGGCAGGCAGUGUUAUUUUUUGUUUUGUUAAAACUAGUGUGUAACCAAAUAAACAGUUGUAUACCAUCAGUCUGGGAAAGGGUCUCCCUGUGCCAAGCUCCUCACAGUGAUAUCCCGUUAGCAGGGCUCUCUAUACCGAGAGUGUAACGAAGGUGUCAGCCGCUGGGAAGGAACUUGUCCCUGUGCAUGUAAAGGGAAGUAACUGCAUGCUAUAUUGAUCGCAUUGUUUUUAAGUAUUAGGAUUUUAAAUUUUAAAAAAAAAUGGAAAUGAAAACAAAACGUGCGGCAGAUUUUCUGAUGAUGCGGGCGGUUCCUGAUAACCAAGACUAUUAUUUCUUUUAGCCUAGAGGAUAUUUGUCUUUUCUUGUCAAAUAGCAUUUUCAUCUCAUUGAGCUGAUGAUGAGUGAUGCAGCCAUGAGCGAAACGUCAACUGAGCAGGUCAUGACAGAUAUUAUUAGAUUGAUUUAUUGAUUGUAUAAUCCCGCAGUGAGCAAUAUUGCAGCUGUAUGAUGGCGGCCUGUAAAUAAUCGAGCCAAGACCAGACGAAAUAUUGAUUGACAUCAUGAGCAUUAUUGCUGGAGACCUCUAUUUUUACCCAGAAUCCCUGUGGGUCACAUAUAUAUACUCAACAACAAAAGUUCCUGUGACACCAAUAUUUUAGUGUAUUUUUCAAACAAGUAAAGUUUGGUUUUCAAUAUUGUAGUACAUGUAUGGAAUCAAGUCACAAAAACGCAACUGCUACAGAAAAGCAUGCAUUCCAUGCAAAAGUUGACUUUUAUGCAAGCCCCAUGCAUUUCACUACCCAAGAAUAGGUAUAAAAAUGUGUGCUUUAACAGGAUUCCAUAUGCAUUGUUUAGCAUUGUGCUGACAACAUCCACUCAGAAAAACAACAAAGUUACGCAAUUAUACAACAUUAUGAAAUGCCACGCCUGUCCGAAAACGAGCGUCUGCGAGCCAUUGGUAUGCUUGAAGCAGGAUCGAGUCAACGUGAUGUUGCAAGACAAUUUAACGUCCACAGAAACACCAAUUGGUUCCAGCCAGCAUCAGUGACUACAAGAAGCAUCCCUGGCCUUCGACGAAUAUCUUCACAAACCGUACGUCGCCGCCUCAGAUGUGCAGGAAUUGUCGCCAGAAGACCCGCCAGACGUCCCAUUUUGACAGGAAACCACCGUCA